AUGAACGACGAGGAUGAACUGGACGACUUGGAGGCGAAGCUGGACGACUUGACGCACCAGAACGACGUGCUGCGGCAGGAGAACGAGCUGCUCGAGUCGUAUCUGCAGCGCAACGGGCAGCCAACGACCGGCAGCGACGAUGAGGAGAAGCAGAACGACCGGGACAAGAAGACGGGGCUGGGUUCCAGACAGCGCCGCGUGCGCGCGCAGGUGAUGCUCACGAUCGAGCAGAAGAACGACAUCUGCAGCACGGAGCUCGAGGCGGCGCAGAAGGAGCUGGAGGAGACCAAGCGCUCGUCCGAGCGGCUCAUCGACACGCUGCGCGCCGUGCUGGAGGAGACGGACAUCCGCAUCGCGGAGCUCAAGAAGGACGCGUACGAGUUCAAGCGCGACAUCGUCGUGGGCGCCGAGAACUUCCGCACGGGCAAGACCAUCGCCGAGAAGAUGAUCCGCUACAUGGACGAGAAGUUGCGCCAGAAGGACGCCAUCGUGGAGAAGCUGCGGCUCAAGAACGCGACGCUCAAGAGCCAAGCGCAGAAGAUCGACGCGCAGCUCCGGCACAAGGAGGAAAUGGGCGAUGCGCUGCACUACAUCGACUUCCAUCAGCUGCAAAUCGAGAACAAGCAGUACGUGGCCAAGAUCGAGGAGCGCAACGAAGAGCUGCUGCGACUUAAGCAGACCACGGGGAGCACCGUGCAAGUGCUCAACAACCUGAAGAAGCGGCUGCACGAGCUGCUGGAGGAGAGUGCGUGGCUGCAAGGAGAGAUUCGCACGCGCACCGAGCUGAAUGAGAAGAUCGUGAAGGAGAUCGCGCUGGUGGAGGAGAAGAACCAGAAGGACAUGCGCCGCCUCCAGUCGCUGCAGAUCCAGCAGUCGGCUGAGCCAAGCAAGGACAUGCCGCAGAUUCUGGACUACGUCGGGCAGAAGGCGAAGAUGUACGAGCUGCAACAAGAAGUCAAGAACUACGAGCGCAAGGUGGAGAUCGCAGAGCGAGCUGUCAAGUUAAGCCGCGCCAAGGAGGCCAAGCGUUUGCAGGCGCAAGGGUAG